CGCUUCCGCACUGCCAAAUACAGAUGAUGUUUAAAUCGAUAAUUUACUCAAAGGUGACACCAAUAACUUCUUCCAGUAGUUCUUUAGUCGAUUAUAUUUACAACAGGCGAUCUUUCGGUGAACUCCGCGACUUAAACCGGCCUCGUUCGCGCUUACUAAGCCUCCCAUACUCAGCUCCUCUUAGAACGUAAGCAGAGCAGCCACAUUAUCUUUUGUUCAUAACAAAGGCCAAGGAAAGAGUUGGUCCCUUGUCCCUGUUUGUUUUCGAAUUGAUAGCCCGCAAUCUAGAUUCAACAUGAAGAAGUUUUCAUUCCGCACGUUCCGGCCGUCAAAAGAUUCGGGAGGAGAGCAAGGGUCAUCAUCAAGUGACAAGCAAGCUGUUUCCUCGAAGCGGAGAGAGCAAGUUCGGAAAGCUCAACGGACACAUCGCGAGCGCAAAGAAAUUUACAUGAAGUCGCUAGAAACAGAGGUACUACUGCUACGCACCAACGAAGCCAACUUACUGCAGGAAACCCGGAGCCUGUACGCAGAGAUUGACCAACUUAAGAGCGUCCUCACCGAACUUGGUGUCCAGUUGCCCAUCGUGGGUGCAUCAGGCCUGGCAGAGUAUGGAUCUACCGCAUUCCCCACCAACUCCGUGGUGAGUAUCCGGCAAGGCAGCAUAGGACCACAGAUACACGUGGGUCACUCAGCGGCAGAUACAAGGCACCGCAACGACGGAUCUCAUUUACCCGCAGCCCCUCCUACAGGCGGGGCUCAGCGUGUUUUUCAUAGAGAAGAUAGCCAGGCAUCGAAUGUCACUAGCAGCUUUCAAUCUCCUGCCUCUGGAGGGGUAUUGUCGUCUCCCAAUGCCUACGAAUCGGGACAGUCUGUGACAAGCCCCGAGAGCACCGCUGACAUCGACAUGGAGAGUAUCGGGGUAGAAUUUGUAUUAACCCUGGAGAGUCCCUGUCUCGGUCAUAUGCAAGGAAAUCCCGACGACCCAGAAGCCCCCAGUGGCCACGUUCUCACAGUCUCUGCGCCUCUCCUCUUCAGAGCUCCCAGCAUAGCUACAGGUCCCCACAUCUGCACCACCACGCCCUGGGAGGCACCCGCUUCUGGGCUUGAACGGCUCUUGAACCUAUCUCAGGGUUUGGUACUAGAUGGCGAGGUCACGCCAGUUCAAGCGUGGAAUUACAUCAGGCAGCGCGUGGGUCCCCAGGGCAUUGAGGUGGAGAGAUUGCGGGCCCUGACAGAGAGGCUGCUAAAGGAAGUUAGCUGCCAUGGGUUUGGCGCUGUUGUCGAACAAGGGGCUUUUGAGGGUCUGGUAUUCGAUACACUGGUAGUUGGACAGGCUUCUUAAAAGCUAGUUGGUAUUUUGAACACAAAAGCUGGGGCGUGCGUGAGUUCUACUUAGUAUCGGGGAUUGAAUCGGGGAUUGAACCGGGGAUUGGUCAAUUCCCGUCUGAAUUGUGUUACAUAGCUCUUCUCAUAGUGUAGUAACGCUUCACGGAAAUAAAGAG